ACGCAUGAGAUAAUUUAUUGCUGAAGGUUUUCGAGUGCAUACUUUAAAAUAUUCCGAAUCGUCUUUCAGACCAUAUUCAAUAUGGAAAUAACCAUCACUAUGCUGAACGGGAUGUCCCGUACUUUGACGGUGAGCCCACAGGACACAGUCGGCCGUCUGAAGACGCUCAUCCAUGGGUCACUGGGGGAGGCUCCUCACACACAGAGGCUGGUCCUGGACAGGAUCGAUCUCAGCGAUGACUCAAAGCCGCUCAGCUCCUACGGAGUACAGCAUGACUCCAGGGUGGCUCUGCUGGUGACCGAACCGCAACCCGUGACCGAACCGCAACCCAUCGAGGUGUUCCUCAUAAACGACAAGGACACGACAAACACGUAUAAAGUCCGACCCGACGAGACUGUGAGCAACUUCAAGCGCAGGGUGGAGAGCAGGGAGGGGGUGCCGGUGAGCCAGCAGAUGCUCCUCUAUCAGAGCCGGGAGCUGAAUGGCGGGAAAUUGUCCGACUACAACAUCGAAAAGCACAGCACCAUCUACUUGUGUCUCCGCCUGAGAGGAGGCUGUGGACACUCUCACAUUGUACUGUUUUGACAAUACAACUGUCAGUAUGUGUUCUAUAUGGGUGUUAUAAAUCUGUUGUUAUAAAUAA